CAUAACUACCUUCAAACUAACUUUAACUUGCCUCUCAUGGAGUCUGUAGCCUCCAGUUCAACCCCAGCGGAGGAGCACCACCAACACCACCGUAUUAAGUCAACACAACCCUUGGAAGACAGAGUCCUCCGAGCCAUCCGCCACCGUCUCCGUCUCCUCCACCGGUCAAACUCAGACUUCUUCAUCUUGGGCGCCACCGGGAAUGUCUACACCGUGUCCUUAUCUCUCACACCUUCGUGUUCUUGUCCAGAUCGUACAACACCAUGCAAACACAUACUCUUUGUGUUGAUUCGAGUUUUGGGUGUGUCACUAGAUGAUGGGUGUCUUUUAAGAAAAACUCUCCGGCCAUGCGAACUCCAUCGCCUACUUGGGUUGCCGAUGUCCCCAGAAUCAUUCGCCGGAGAUGGUGUUCGUGAAUGGUUUCAUCAGCUAUACUUUCCAGCGAGGCAAGGUCCUUCAAGGCCGGUCGUGGAGAUAGAGAAUGGUGCAAUGUGUCCGAUAUGUCUGGAGGAGAUGGAGAGAAGAGAGAAACUGGUGGCCUGCGCAACGUGCCGAAAUCCUAUCCACAAGGAGUGUUUGAUGGCAUGGAAGAGGAGUAGCCGGAGAAAAUCGGUCAGCUGCGUGAUCUGCCGUGCACGGUGGAGAGAUAGGGCGGAGCGGGAGAGGUACUUGAAUCUUUCAGCUUAUGUUAGCGAUGAGGAUAUGGUGGAGGGUGGAAAUCUUUGUGAAGAUUAGGUGGCCGUUCAUAAAGAUUCAAAUUGAUAGGUAGAUGAAUUCAAUUUGUAAAUGGUUGUAUAAUA